GGGAGGUCCCGUGGGACGCUGGGGUCUGGGGCAGAGCAGGUAGCAGCGUGCAGCCCUGACAGCUGUCCCUGCUCCUCAGAUUGUCAGCGGCUGCUAUGCAGCAGGUGCAGCUGGGUUGCUCACUGAGUCUUCACUCCACAAAGGCAGCGACUGGCCAAGGCAGUGGCUGGUCCUGGAUUACACAAGUGCAGACACUCAACUAAGUGAGCUGGAAGACCCAGGAGAAGGCCGGGCCUCAGGUGCCCACAUGAUCAGCACAGCCAGGGUACCUGCGGAUAAGCCAGUACGCAUCGCCUUCAGCCUCAAUGAUGCCCCAGAUGAUACAUCUCCUGAAGACCCCAUUCCUUUGGUCUUUCCAGAAUUAGACCAGCAGCUGCAGCCUCUGCCACCUUGUCAUGACUCCGUGGAAUCCAUGCAGGUGUUUAAACAGCACUGUCAAAUAGCAGAAGAAUAUCAUGAGGUCAAAAGAGAAAUCGCCCUGCUUGAGGAAAGAAAAAAGGAACUCAUUGCCAAGCUGGACCAGGCAGAAAAGGAGAAGGUGGACGCUGCUCAGCUGGUUCGGGAAUUUGAGGCUUUGACGGAGGAGAAUCGGACACUGAAGUUGGCCCAGUCGCAGUGUGUGGAACAACUGGAAAAACUUAGAAUACAGUAUCAGAAGAGGCAGGGGUCAUCAUAACCUUAAGUUAUUAAAUGUGAGCCUCAGUGGUCAGUGACUGCUAUGUAUCGGCCAAAAGAUUUUUAUUUUAAAGGGGUUGAGAAUAAAAUCUAUCGUUUCUCUAUUAUCAACAUGGAAAAUCUCCAGAAUGCGUUUAAUGCUUGCCAGCUUCUAGCUUGAAAGAAGGGAUAUUUUAAGUGAGAUUGUUAAUGCAAAUCUAUUACCACUAUAUAUUUUCAGAGAUCAGGAUUCUUUCCCAAAGAGAUAUAAAUAUAUAUAUAUGCGCACGCACACACACACACACACAUACACACACACACACAUAUAUUUUCUUAUUUAGGGAGAUAAGAUGCUACUGUCCACCAGGAUAGAAAGUAAUAAAAAUAGAAUAUUGACUGACCCUGCUCAGAAUCAUGAGCCAUGAAACAAACCAGUAAGAUACUCACUGUAGUUCCACAUCUGUGCAUUUUAAAAUUUCAUGCCUUUACUGGUUUUACUAGUUCAAGUCUGCUCACAUCUAAACCGACAGAUACUUCUCUACAUAUAUUUAUGUUCACCAGAGCCAGAUGUAAUCCUUCAGUGACUGAUUGUCCUAAGAAUAAAUGGUUGCAUAUCAUAAAAGUUUUCUCAAGAAAAUAUUAGCAGAAAUCAGGUCUGUGCCAGGUGCUCAUUUGCCAGUGCUGACUUGCUGUUGUAAUAAAGAAACAGAAAAGGCUGUAUUUUCUUCACUCUGCAUUGACACAUGGUAAACAGCUCAGCCUCUGCUUGUGCGUGUUCAGGGGGCAGGAGGGAGGGGAUUGGGGGGUGAAAAGAUAUACUUCAGACAUUGCUUUGGUGAGUUCCCAUGAAAACAUCAGUGAAAUUAUGAUUAUUACUUUGGAUUUAAGAAUGUGUUUUAAGUCACUAAUAACCAAUAGGAAUAUGUGAGUAAAUUCAGAAUAAAAAUGAUUUCCCCCUUGUUCUAGGUAUCACCAUGUUUUCCCAAAUUGAUAUCUUUGUUAUAAGUCCAUUUCUAUUCAUGUAACUUCUUUUUAAUUAAACAUGGAUCAAAACUGCCAGAUUAUCUUUGCUCAUUUCUUAAUCCCCUUUAUGCUGGAAGUUGGGAUUGCCUAACACUGGUUAGAAUUUAUUCUUAGCUGUAUAUGCUAAAAAAAAGAUGUAAAGUCCCUUUUCUUGAAAAGAUUGUGGUUUCUCAUGCAAACAACUCAGAGCUGCAAUACUGAUUAUGAUAUAUUUGUGUUUUGAGCUAUUUGCCCACAAAACAUAAAGAAUAGUUCAUUAAAAUAA